CAUGUCAUCAGUUUUUAAAAAAAAUGUAGCUAUUUUUUUGCCUAAGUUCAAGUUUUCUUAGAGUCAAUAUUCGAAAUUCAUAAAGAAAAGUGUACUUAUACAUACAGAAAUCAAUCUAUACUAAAAAUGUUAUGGAGGAAAAUUCAUCAUCAAGCACGAAUCCAGCAUGGCAAAACUGUUCACACUGCCCCAGCCUUGUUUUCAGCACAGCAGCAGAAUUUGAAAGACAUAUACUAGAUAAGCACUCCAUAAAAGAGGGAACCAUAAUCCUUUGUCAAUAUGGACAAAAUGGGAUGUGCUCUGCAUUACAAUUUGGAGAUUUACGGAAAGCUGGUUUUAAGUACCACAUCCGAGAAUAUCAUACAUAUACCAGGACACCUAAUGAGUCUUGGACAUUCUAUUCUUCUUCACAAAAUCUCCCUGCAGUACUGAAUGAUCCGAAUAGAGGUAAGCAGAGCAAUUUCUUCACGAAAACAUGGGGUGACAGCUUUGUGGAUAAAAUUGAUAUACUUCCUAGUCCUUAUUUACCAGAUGUAACAUUGACACAUUUUGAAUCUUAUUGUAAAAAAAUUGCUAAAAGGUACCGAAGACAUUUAAGAUUAAAAGAAAAUUUGCCAGUUAAAAAUAAAACUGCAAUCAUAGAAAAUGAUUGUGAAAUACCAGAUAUAUUCUAUGAACCAGGUUUGCCAUUAAAUGAUCCAGUGGUUUUCAGUAAAGUUUUUCCAAACCUUUGUAGUUCUGUAGAUAAUGAUGUAGCUAUAAGAUCUCUGCAAGAAACAUUGAGCACUUAUCUGGAUGUAAUAGAAAUGAAUAUUUCAAAGCAAGUAGCACAAAGAUCAGAUGCAUUUUUUCAUGCUAUGCUUUCACAUGAUACAAUAAUGGAACAGAUGGCAAAAGCUGUCAAUACUGUUCAGAAAACAAGAAAACAUAUUAACCAAGUUAAAAAGAAUCUGACUGAAUGUCCAUUGAAAUUAAAAAGCUUAACUAGGAUAAAUUGUAAUCUUGGUCAUGUUCAUGAAAUUCUUAAACUAAUGUCAACAGUACAACAGACUCAACCUAUGAUUCAGCUAUUACUCAGUACAUCGGACUAUGUUGCUGCAUUGGAUUUAAUAGGCUCUACACAAAAAGUAUUGUCAACUCGACUUACAGGCAUACAGGCAUUUAGACACUUAUCUCCACAAUUAACUGAAAUGAAAAGGUUAAUUCAUAAAAUGUUAAGUAAUGAAUUCCUAAAAUUCAUUGUAUGUGACUUAAAUAGACCACUAAUAGAUGAAAGUGACAUUCCUGAAAAAGAUAAAAUUAUAUCAAUUGUUUCUGGCAUUCUUCGUCUCAAAGAAUUUGAUUUUCUAGACACAUUUAAAAUGGAAGCUAUGACAUCUAUUCAAGCUACAAUAAAACAAUCAGUAAUUGAAAUUAUUUCACAGCGAGAUGGUUGUUUUGAAAUUGUUUUAAGAGGAUCAAAUGCAGAUAACAUGUGGCUAUUGUGCAACGAAGGCAUUUUAUUUUUGCAAAAAGUGACUCCAAACUUAGUUAUGUUAUUUAAAAGAAUACUAUCAUUAACAAAUUUGAUUAUAGAUGUAAGUCAAAUGGAAGAUGUUAAUGGGAGUGAUAAUGAAGAGAUUUGGUCAGCUGAAGAAUUGACAUCUAUUGAAGACAAAUUGAAAAAAAUGAUUGUUUCAUUGUCAGAUUACUGCAAUGAAAGAUGUGCUAACCUAAUUGUAACUAAAACAGACAAAGAUUAUGUGUGUUCUGAUAUGUCACAGUUAUCUCUCCUAUCAAAUUUGAUUAAAGAAUUUUGCACCAAAUGUGAGGAUGUCACCGGAUAUUGUAGUAAUGCCAUGAAUUUGGCCCUAAGGAGCUUUGCUAUGAAGUAUAUACAGACACUUCACACUGAACGCAGAUCUCAAUUAACAGCUUCUCUAAAUGCUGAACGAUGGAAAACUGCAGAUGUUCCAUAUGAAUUGCAAAGUGCAAUCACAAAAAUAUGUGAAAUUCAAGAAAUACCUCCUAAUUUACUGUAUGAAAGUGGGAAACCAGACGGAAAAUAUCUUUUUAUAAACAAAGAAAGCUAUGCUCUGGUAGGGACAGUUCAACUACUUAUAAAAAUUUUAUUAGAAUACUGUGAUGCAACCAGACAAUCUCCCAUUAUAGUUCAGUAUUUAGUUCAUUGUAUGUUAGAAUUAUUAAGAUUGUUUAAUUCUCGGUGCUGCCAACUUGUUCUCGGUGCAGGGGCAAUACAAAGUGCUGGACUUAAAACUAUUUCUACAUCCAAUUUAGCUCUAGUAUCUCGAUCUUUACAGGUUAUAUUAUGGUUUUUACCUAUGAUAAAACAGCUGUUAGAGAAAAUACAUUCUUCUGAGGUAUCAUUGAGCGGUUUUGUUGCUAUUGAGAGUGAUAUUGCUAGCCAUAAACAGGAAAUAGAAAAUAAGAUUUGCUUAAUUGUAAGUAAUAUGUUAUGUUCUCAAUUAACAGGGUGGGAUGCAAAGCCCCCAGUUCCUUCUCAAACAUUCCGCAAUAUUUCAAAACAUUUAGUGAAGUUACAUGAAGCAUUAAUUGAUAUUUUGCCACCUGAACAAAUAAAGUUUAUAUACAAACGAGUACAUGAUAAUUUUAAAGAUAAAUUAAGAGAACAACUAAUUAAAAUGAAUAUAGUUGCUAAUGGAAGCCCUCAACAUGGUGUAGUGACUUCUGAAUUGACAUUUUACUUACAAACUCUAAAGACACUCAGAGUUAUAAACGAUAAUGAUGCAGAAGACAAUAUACUAUAUGACGUUUGGUUAAAUUAACUUUUCCAAUAUUUUAUGUAAAGAAAACUAUCUAUUUAUAAAUAUUACAUUAAGUCAUCACUUCUACUUAAAAUACUUUAUGAUGAUGAAAUAUUGUUCUCAAAUGCAAUUGUAGAAACAAACCAAAAAGGUAUUUUUAUUUCAGAACUAGUUAGCAAAAUAAAUAAAAAUUAUCGGUUUUGAAAAAAUCGAUGAUC